CUUUCGAUCAAUUUUGAGUCAAAAUUUUCUAUUUGCGCUCGUCGUCCACAAUUCUUCGUCCCCAAUCUCGCGCGAUUCGCACCUCCGCUCGAUCCCCCUAUGCCCUAAUCAGAUCACGGUGUCUUGGGAUUUCGCCGAGAUCUCCUCUAUCUAAUUCAAAUUUCAUCUUCCCUCAUUCGUUUUUUUAACUUGGAUCACUCGAUGCAACCCCCUGGCGAUCGAAACCCCGAAUCAGGAAGUAUGAGAAAGAUAGAUACAUCGUGUUAUUCUUGGAAAUGCAUUCGGAGAUGGGUUGGCACAGAUACAUGGAGAUGGUCUCUGGGUUUACUUUAUAUUGUUGCAGUUGCAGCCAUAUGGAUUGCUGCAAGUUAUAUAGUUCAAUCGGUUGUAGAUUCUGGCGUUUCUCCUUUCCUAAUAACCUACAUCUGCAAUUCGCUAUUUAUAAUCUAUAUACCUAUCGUGGAAUUUGCACGGUACUUUGAAGAUUCACUAGAAAAGUUUUGGCUAUUAUUUAGUAAUAAGAAUGAUUUAGACAUGCAACGAUCUGGUGAAUUGGAGAACAUAAAUCUCUUACAAGAAAAUGAUCAUCAAGCGGUCCAAUCUGUACCAAACCUCCCUGAAGAGGAUAACACUCUUGCUCUGCCUGAAUCAACUACAAUUGUUGAAGAUUCUACAAAGCAAGUAGAUGAGAAGGGGCGGUGGACUCGCACUCGUGUGGCUAGAGUCAGCUUGUUAAUAUGCCCUUUUUGGUUUUUUGCGCAGCUCACAUUCAAUCUCUCUCUGAAGUACACCACGGUCACGUCAAAUACUAUCUUAAGCAGUACUUCUAGCCUCUUCACAUUUUUGGUGGCGCUAGUAUUUCUUGGAGAAACAUUUACUUGGGUGAAGCUAAUCAGUGUUCUUCUCUGCAUGGGAGGAACAAUAAUAGUCAGUCUAGCUGAUUCAAAUUCCACAGCGAAUGCUAUUGCGACGAACCCUCUUCUUGGAGACAUUCUUACCCUUAUUUCGGCGGGCUUGUACGCUGUGUACAUCACCCUGAUACGGAAAAAAUUGCCUGAUGAGAAAGAAGGUCAAGGCCAAGCAAGUACAGCUCAGUUUCUUGGAUAUCUUGGGUUGUUUAAUAUGUUAAUUUUUCUUCCUGUUGCACUUGUGUUGAAUUUCGCUAAGCUAGAGCCAUUCCACAAGCUAACGUGGGAGCAAGUUGGUCUCAUUGUUGGAAAAGGAUUACUAGAUAAUGUGCUAAGUGAUUACUUAUGGGCAAAGGCCAUACACCUUACCACGACCACGGUGGCAACAGCCGGCCUUACAAUUCAGGUCCCAAUAGCCGCCAUUGUGGACUCUCUAACUGGCCAUGCUCCUCAUCUCCUCAACUAUGUCGGAGCUGCUGCAGUUUUGGUUGGAUUUGCGGGGAUCAACGUUCCAUCUGAUUCUCCCACCAAAAUUGAAGUCACUCAACAGCAAGAACAAGACGCCGAGAGCAUAACUGUGAUCAAUCACCGCCUCGAAUUGUCGCAUGAAGGUGGCGAAUCUCCUAUUUCUUAAUGCAACUUCUCUAUCUUCACAGUAUAUUUCUUGGUUAACUUUUGGUGACAGUGAAUACAAUUUUGAUCAGCAAGAUCAUUGUGAUAGCAAUUUAUGUGGUAAAAACACAUAGACCUUUCCCGAACUAUGGUGUAUUUAGAAAUAGGUAAUGAACUUCAAAUUUUUUUUUUAUUUUACUGCUUAAACAGAUAUUUUGACUUAAGAAAACUCCUUGUAAUUCCAUUAGAACUUUACGCUUUCUAUCAUAAAAGUUAAAGAAUAUUUCAUCAAGUAUGGUAUAAUUUAUUUUAUUAAAUUAAGGUUAAAUCAAAUGCAAUCUUAGGUUACAUAGUAAGAUCAAAUUGUUUGAUGUUUGGAUAUCCAUUUGAAAAUACACCAUAGUCCAGGUAAGGUCUCUUAAGUUAUUACGAAUUAAUGCAGCAUCUUUUCUGCUUUAUUCCGUGGAAAGAUCUGCAGCAACUGCAAAUGCUAUGGUACAGCUUAUGUAUAUAUACACAUGACACUUUCAAACAAGGCCUUGAGAGAGGGGGUUGGUUAUUAUUGCCAAUAUUGAGCAACCAAUAUUGUGAACCAUUAAAUGGGUGGUUUUGAUCCAUUAUCCUGUAUCUUAUUGGAAUACUAUAAGUAUCAUGAUUUUUAUUUUUAUUUUUUAAAUUCCAAUGUAUCGAUUGUUCGAUUAAGUUGUUCUUAUAUUCUUUGAUCAAA